CUUAGGCGUAGAAAGGCUAGGGUAAAUCAAUGACGUAUGUGAGAAGUCGGUGGGAUAUUCGUUGUCAAAGACGCUCAUUUCACAUUACCUACCGAUCGCUGCAGAUAGAUGUAAAUUUUGAAUAAAGGCUGGAACAAGAGUAAUGCCACCAUGGAAACAAGUUUAGAGGACUUGAACAAGGCCAUCUUACUGGCGGUGAAGAGUGGCCAGCCUGUCCUUAAUCUCAGCAAUCGGGAUUUGGCAAUCCUUCCGGACACCUUGCAGAAGCUCCACCAAGUGAAGCGAUUGCUGCUCAACAACAACAAGAUUAUCAUGCCCCCCUCAGAAUUGGUCUCUCUAGAGGGCUUGCAGGAACUGACCUUGGAUCACAACCAGCUGACCCUCCUACCCACAGGUUUUGGUCGUCUCAAGAACCUGACCUACUUGAGUCUUAGUCAUAACCCUCUAUGUUCCUUACCAAGGGACAUAGGGGAUCUCAGGAACUUGAAGCAAUUAUGGAUUGUCAACAUACAACUUGUGUCUCUCCCUGUGGAAAUUGGCCUUGUGCAGUCCUUAGUGAAGUUAGGUGCCAGAGACAAUAUGAUUGCAGAGCUGCCUAGUGAGAUCACAAGACUCUGUAGCUUACAGUGGCUCAACCUUGCAAAUAAUCUUCUCAGCCAGUUACCAGAUCGCUUUGGGCGACUUGCAGAGCUGAUGUACAUAGACUUGAAUGAAAAUGAUUUCAGUGAGGUACCUGAGGAACUGACGGAGGUGCCCAAGUUGGUAUCGUUAGCCAUGGCAAAGAACCAGAUUUGUGCUCUUCCUGAUGAUAGACUGAUCGGUUUGACACAACUCACAAAGUUGGAUCUGAGGGAUAACCCAUUCACAGAUAGGCCAGAUCAUUGGAAGGGGCUUGAUUUCAUCUUGCUUGGUUCAUCUGUCACUCCACGUGGAGAUGGUGCACAAGAGAAUAGUUUGGAUCAGCUUAAUCAAGAGGGAGAAGAUGAGGAAGAGGAUGAGGAGGAGGAGGAGGAUGAAGACGAGGAGGAGGAGGAUGGGGAUGAGGACUGUGAUGUAUGAACAAUAACAUGUAAUACAUCGAGCCGGAUCAAUGUCAUCAACUUAUGUCCAUGCUGUAAGAUUGAAAGGCUGACUGCUAUUUAGAGAACAAAGUGUAUCAGUGUUGCAGCAAUCUCUUCUUAAGAUGGUGUUGUGUUCCUUGUUGGUGUUAACAAGAAAGAAACCAGGCCUUGAAUGUUGUCAGCUUUAGGGGAAGGCCACUUUGGCCAGUCUGAUGGACACUGUUAGCCUAAACAGUUAGAUCAUAGCCAACAGACAUGUCUGAAGUGGUCCCUAUGCUUUUUGAUUUUUAAAUGGGCACUGGCUCGUGGAUAAGGUAUUACAGAAAAAUCCUAUGUUACCGGUACGUACAUAUGAUUCAUUGGAGAUGCACUGAAGUGACAAGCGUUAUCUGAGGAAAACAAGGGCACCAUUUGUAGACUACGCUUUCCUUAAUCUGAAGAUCUGAAAUAUAUUCUGUGCUGAUCAAGGUUCAUUUGAGGUUGUAAUUGCAAUUUUUACUUGGAGCAUUUCAUUUUUGGAUGAGAUUGUUAGAAAUAUAAACUACUGUACUCAAACAAUCCUUCGGGUAGUAUUAUCUAUCUCGUAUUUUGUAUUUACACAAUGUUUGGCAAGGUCAAAA